CCGACAUUGUCGCCUUCCAACUUCACGCGUAUUGUAUUUUCAGUGCGUUCGUGUUCACAUUUCUCUGCGAAAAUCAGUGAAAAUAGCUAAAAUACCGCUGCAAGAUGUACGCCAACGAGGAGUAUAAUGAGGACUACAUCUACGAGUACGACGCUCACACGGGUGAUCCGCACCUGGACAUGGAGUACGAAAGGAACUACUUCACGUCGAAGAUGCCGGACAUGGUGAAGAAGUUCCUGCAGUACUUCCGCGAUGCCAUCAACGAGGGCGUGAUUUAUGACAUCCAGAACAUGUACGAGACGACUUUCCCGAAGCUGAGUGAGCAGCACUUCGACAAGCGCGCCUGGCCGGAUGAGCACGAGGUGGCCAGCAUCGUGGAGGACGAUCAGGUGUUCAUGAUUCUGUACAAGGAGCUCUACUAUCGCCACAUCCACGCGCGCAUCCCCGGCGGACCGUCUCUGGACCAGCGCGUGAGCUCCUUCCUCAACUACUGUGACUUCUUCAACCUCAUCCUCUCCUCCGCCUCGCCGGUGUCUCUCGAGCUGCCGGACAUCUGGCUGUGGGAGUUGGUGGAUGAGUUCGUGUAUCAGUUCCAGAACUUUGCUCAGUAUCGCGCCCGGCUGACGGACAAGAGCGAGGAGGAGAUGGAUCAGCUGCUGAACAACAACAGCAAGGUGUGGAACAUCCUGUGCAUCCUCAAUGUGCUGCACUCGCUGGUGGACAUGUCCAACAUCAAGGCGCAGCUGGAAGUCUCGGCCGCCGGCGGCGAUCCGGAGUCCGUGGCCGGCGAGUUCGGCCGCCACUCGUUCUACAAGAUGCUGGGCUACUUCAGUCUCGUGGGUCUGCUGCGCGUGCACUCGCUGCUGGGCGACUACUAUCAGGCCAUCAAGGUGCUGGAGCCGAUUGAGAUCCACAAGAAGUCGCAGUACUCGCACAUCCCGGCGUGCCAGAUCAGCACGUCCUACUACGUGGGCUUCGCCUACAUGAUGAUGCGUCGCUACUCGGACGCCAUCCGCACUUUCUGCUCCAUUCUGCUGUACAUUCAGCGCACGAAGCAGCUGUACAGCUCGCGCAGCUACCAGAACGACCAGAUCAACAAGCAGACGGACCAGAUGUACCAUCUGCUGGCCAUCUGUCUCGUCCUGCAUCCCCAAUGCAUCGACGAGUCCAUCCAGCAAGUGUUGCGCGAGAAGAACUACCACGACAACAUGUACAAGAUGCAGUGCGGCGAUCUGGAGGUGUUCAAGAACUUCUACACCUUCGCCUGCCCGAAGUUCGUGUCGCCCUGCCCGCCGCCACCGGAUGCGCCCAUGGAGGACUACGUGAAGGACCCAAUGGAGCAUCAGAUUGAGGUGUUCAUGGAUGAAGUGCGUCAGCAACAGGAACUGCCCACGAUUCGCUCCUAUCUGAAGCUCUACACCACGCUGCCGCUGGCCAAACUCGCCUCCUUCAUGGACCAGAAUGGUCACGAUCCCGAGGAGAGGAAGAUCGCCAAUCUGCUCAUUCACCUGCUCUGCUUCAAGCACAAGAUGAAGAACAUCGUGUGGACAAAGGGCAGCAGCGGAUUGGAUGGGAAAUUCAAGUCCGGCUCUGAGUUGGACUUCUUCAUCGAUAACGACAUGAUUCACAUCGCAGACACGAAGGUGGCUCAUCGCUAUGGAGACUUCUUCAUCCGCAAGAUCCUCAAGUUCGAGGAUCUCAACAGGAGACUUCACCUGAUCAAGAUCUAGAGAGCGAAUUUCUCGUGGGAAUUGUGGAUGAUUUGUAUUGAAUGAAUAAUAUAGGCUUGUAUUUCGCCACAGGAAAA